AUCAGUUGUCUGACCACCGAUCACUCUGCGUUAAAAACUUUUAUUAAUCUAUUGCAACCAUUCGUAGCAGCACCGUAACUGAUUUCACGAUGGCAAGAGCAACGAUAGCGAUACUGCUUCUGGGUUGCUGCACGUGCGCCGUGUGGUCGGUAAACGAUCGGCUGCGGGAGGUGUUCAGCUGGCGGCAGCUAGACUUUGUGUUCCCGGACCAGAAGACCAGGCAGGCUGCGAUCGCCAGUGGCGAGUACGUGCAAGCCAACAAUUUGCCACUAGGUCUGGAGGUGUGGAGGGACAAGCUGUUCAUCACGGUACCUCGAUGGAAGGCCGGAGUAGCGUCCACGCUUAACUACGUAUCGCUCGGCUCGGAUUCGGACCGAAACCGUUCGCCGCCGCUGGUGCCGUACCCGAACUACGCGACGAACCGGUUACCGGCCAAUAACCAACAGGCCGCCGGCAGGAUCGUCAACACGUUCCGGAUGGCGGUGGACGCGUGUAACCGGCUGUGGCUGGUGGACAUGAACGCGGCCAACGGCACGGAGUACGGCGACCCAAAGCUGAUGGUAUUCGACCUGAACACGGACCGGAAAGUGCGGCAGUACACGAUCGGGGCUAGCCUGAGACGGUCGGACGGCAGUACGUGGUUCCCGGGGCUGACGGUGGACGUGGAUGCGAACCAGUGCGACCGCGCGCACGCAUACCUGCCGGACAUCGGCUGGGGCAUGGUGGUAUACCGGUGGCGCGACGACGUGGCGUGGCGCGUGGAGCACCCGUACUUCUUCUUCGACCCGAUGGCCACCGUGUUCAACAUGGGCGGCGUGCGUACCGAGUGGCAGGACGGCGUGUUCGGGGUGGCGCUGUCCCGGCGCCGUGCCAACGGCCGCCGCACUCUGUACUUCCACGCGCUGGCCAGCACGCGCAUGUUCGGCGUGGACACGAGCGUGCUGCAGUCCAACGGGACCGCGGCCGCCACGUACGACGAGUACCGGCACUUGGGCUACCGGCCGUCCGGCAUGCAGGCCGCGACCAUGGCGAUGGACCCGGUCACCGGCACGCUGUUCUACGCGCUGGUCAAUCAGGACGCGAUCGGGUGCUGGAACCCGGACCGGUGGGACGGCAGGCACUCGACCAACACCUCGGCCGUGGUGGCCCGUGACCCGGUCGCCCUCAACUUCCCCUCCGACGUCAAGGUGGACGCCAACUCCAACCUGUGGGUGCUCAGUGAUCGCAUGCCACGGUUCCGGUUCCGGGUGGCCGAGUUCGACGUGACCGACGUCAACUACCGCGUGCUCAGCGCGCCCGUCGUCCGCAUGAUCAAGGGCACUGUGUGCGACAAUAAUGACAGCUAAGGCGCUCGUAUCACAUUCGCUGCAGCCGUACCUCCUCCGCGUUUCCUUUUCAGCGCUAAUUUGAACCGCUGUUUCUCCUCCCCUCUCCCUCGCAUUUUUUUAUUCCGUUUAUUCGAUCGCGCUAAUCCACUAACUCACGUUUGAAUCUAAUCCAAUCAAUGUGCUUUUAACCGCCUUAACGUUGCGACGGACCCUUCCCCCAGUGUGUGUAUUUUAUGUUUUAAUGUUGCCGAUAACGCUACGUACCGAAACUUGUGUGUUUUACCGACCCUGCCGAUCGUAAUAUUAAUUGGUCCAAGGAAUAAUUAUCUCGCAUCCGUUUUA